AAGCAUAAUAAUGGCUUGGAUAACGUCUAUAUACUUGUUAUCAGUGUCUCAAGUCAUUUUGAAUUUUAACAUUGAGCCCGUUGCUUGGAAAUACAUCAGCGCACCUGCUUCUGGGUUUGGCUACAAGGUGGUCCAGAUAAACUCAACAAACUUGCUCAUUAGUGCCCCUGUAGAGCAGUAUGAGCAAAGUAAAAGGGGAAAAGUUUACCAAUGUCUGGUUGGAGGUUCAUCUUGCACGCCAUUGCCAAUAGAAGUGCCCAGUUAUGGGGUAAACAUGUCUCUGGGUUUGUCAAUGACAAAGGAUCCAAAGACAUCAAAGAUCUUGGUGUGUGGUCCAACCAUCCCAAGAGAUUGCAAAACCAUCACCACCUACAAUGGCAUGUGUUUAGAAAUUGACACUAAACUUAACAUUGGAUCCCCUAUGCCUUUGUCACUGGAAGAAUGCCCUGGGCAAACAGAUAUAGCCUUUCUAUUGGAUGGUUCAGGCAGUAUAUAUCCAGCUGAUUUCAAACGAAUGAAAGAUUUUGUCAAAAACCUGAUCACACAAUUUCUUCACAGAAAUACUCAGUUUGCAAUCAUCCAGUUUUCAACUGAUUCUGAAAUCCAUAUGAGUUUUAAUUAUUUCAAAAACAACAUCCAAUCUUGGGAAAGUAAACUAUAUGGCAUUUCUCAACAACAAGGAUGGACAUACACUGCUAAAGCCAUCAACAGAAUUGUCCAAGACGUUUUUAUUGCAAAUCAAGGAUCCAGACCAAAUGCUGAAAAGAUCCUGAUAGUAAUUACAGAUGGGGAGUCAACUGACAGUUAUAACCUGAAGAGUGCAAUUCAGGCGGCUGAAACUGCAAAAAUUAUUCGUUUUGCCAUUGGGGUGGGCAGUGCCUUUUAUUCGGACAGAGCAAAAAAUGAGUUGUCCUCAAUUGCCUCCUCUCCGCAAACCAACCACAUGUUUCAAGUUGACAACUUCCAGGCACUCGACCAAAUCAGCAAUUCAUUACAAAACAGCAUUUUCCCAAUUGAAGGAUCUCAGACCACUGGAGAAUCUAUUAAGAUGGAAAUGGCCCAAGAGGGAAUGAGUGCAGCGUACAUACCUGGGGGAGGAUUCCAGGUGGCAUCUGUUGGAGCCUUCCAAUGGAGGGGGGCUUACCAGGAAUACACAAGUGCCACGAAAACCCCCAUUUUAAAACAGAGUCCAAACAUGGAACCAGAUAGCUAUAUGGGUUAUUCCAUGGCAGUUGCUAGCACAAGCACUCGCCAGUUUACCAUUUUAGGAGCUCCGAGAUUUAAACACUCAGGGAGAGUGGAAGUAUUCUCACCUGGUGCCACCUACAGUCCAACAGAGUUUUCAGGGCAGAUUGGCACUUAUUUUGGGGCAGAAAUCUGUGUGGUGGAUUUAGAUAAAGACUCCUAUACAGACCUUGUCAUCAUAUCUGCUCCAAUGUUCAAAGACAGAGACAGAGAGGGCAGGGUCUUUGUCUGUACCCUCAAAGACAGGUCUGGGAUGGUCUGUGAAUUUACUGCUGAGAUGACAAUGGAGGGGGAUCUAGGAAAUAUGGGCAGGUUUGGAACGUCUCUUGCCCCACUUCCUGACAUGAAUAUGGAUGGUUUUAAUGAUCUAGCUGUUGGAGCUCCUCUUGAAAAUAAUGGCCAAGGAAGUGUUUACAUAUUCCUUGGUGCGCGAGGUGGAAUCAGCAAUAUCUAUUCUCAGAGAAUUUCAGGUUUGGAUGUAAAGCCUGGCUUAAAGUUUUUUGGACUGUCCAUUAGUCAGUCUUCUUUGGACAUGAAUUCAGACUUUCUCCCAGACUUGGCUGUGGGAUCUAAAGGGGCAGUCAUCUUACUCAGGUCAAAGCCUAUAGUAACAGUUAGAACACAAGUGACUUUCAACCCAGCCAAAAUCCCAACGGACACUUCAAACAGCAGUACGCCCCUGAAACAAAAUGCUACAGUCUGUUUCACAAUGACCAAAAACACAGCAGACAAUACCAAAGAUCAAGCGAUUGUUAAUUAUACUUUGACCCUGGAUGUGACCCGCCAAGCUCCAAACUAUCGUGCUUAUUAUAACAGCAAAAAUAAGAUAAGGAAGGAAACAAAAACUGUUACCUUGGGACUUGGAGAGCAAUGCUUUGAUCAGACCUUCUAUAUUGUGGAUGAGCCGGACGAUGCCCUCAAUGAACUCUCCAAUGAACUUUACUUCACAUUUGAAGGGCUGCAAUUUCUUGGAAGCCUCAGUUCAUGCCUUUCCCCCCAGUCUCUGACUACAACAUACCAUCCUUUAAGUUUUGAGAUCAACUGUGGAAGUGACAACAACUGUGUUGACAACCUCAAAGUGGAUUUUAAUUUCACUGGAUUCUCAGAGAUGAGAGUGGGCAUAGAUGAUUUACUAAAUGUGACAGUGUCUGUUGAGAGCCGGGAAGAGAACUCUUACAACAGUCGAAUCAUUCUCACUUACCCUGCAGGACUGUCAUUCAGGAGAUCCACCACAAUCCAAGGAAGAGUAGAGUGUAAUUCCAUAGACGGUGAGAAUGGUAUAACACGGGGAAAGAGUGACUGCACCAUUAACAAACCCAUCUUCAAGAGCAAUUCUAAGGCUUUCUUUGUCCUUUCCUAUGGGAUAGAUAGCACAAGUCAAUUUCAACAAUUGGUGACUUUCACUGCAAAUGCCUCAAGUGGAAAUAAUGUACAUGCUUCAACCAGUGAACUUUACAGAGUGAAGGAAAUCGGGGUGAAAUACAGCAUUUAUGUUUUGAUCACAAGACAUGAGGAUUCAACCAGGUACAUCAAUUUCACUGCCACGGAAAAAAAUAUGAAAAAAAUUCUGAAUCAAUCAUAUGUGGUUGUGAAUUAUGUAAGGGACUUCAAUCUUACUGUGAUAAUCAAAGUGCCAAUGAAACUUGGAAUCAAAGAUAUCUGGGCUAAUCCAAAUGGUUUACAGAUUUCAGGUUGUCAAAGAGAAAAUGAUGAAAAACCUAUUGCCACAGAUUUUGUCAGCAAACUGAAGACAAAUGCUGCUGUGGACUGCUCUGUUGCAACAUGUGGGGUGUUUAUGUGCAAUGUCUUCCUGAGUAAAGGUGCUCGCAGUUCUUACUCAAUCACUGGAAAUAUCAGCUCUGGAUGGAUAGAACAGAUUGGUCUUGAAUCAGCCCGCUUUAGCUUGGUCAGCAGUGCCACUCUGCAUUAUGACAGAAACCAAUACAUCUAUUUUUCUUCGGACUCCAAAAACAACCCACCUGUCCAGACGAUUGAAACUGAAGUGGAGGUGUACCCUGAGAUUGAUUUCACAAAGGAGAUCAUUGGUGGUGCAGUGGGAGGUCUGUUCCUGUUGGCUUUGAUCACAGCUGGGCUGUAUAAGGUCGGGUUUUUCAAAAGCAAGUACAAGCAGUUUAUUGAGGAUGAUGUGCCAAGGGAUGAGGGAUCAGCUGCCAAGGAUGAAUAAAAACAACAAAUACACAUGAAUGUUUACACUGAGAAAUUUCGGAGUUAAAUGUUUAUGGCCUUUAUCCAGUAGCCAACUGGAAACGUAUCGUUAGCAGUUUUUAAAAAAUAGCUUUUUAGACAUUUAUGCUUUAUGAAGAAUUGAACACAGGUCUCAGGGGUGCUUUAAAUGUGCUUUGGAACAGUAGCCCAUGAUGUCUGCACGUCUGCUUAGCAAUUUGACUGACCUUAGCAAUUUGACUGAUCUUAAAUUUAGGUAUUUUUAUGUAUACAGUGCAGUUACCCGACUUUUUAGAAAUUGCCUUUGAAAUGUUUUGCACAGUUUUACACACCCUAUAGGCUCCAUAUUACUGCUCCACCCAUCACUUUAAAGACACCAAUGUGUAAAAAUACACUACCCACUGGCCUAUGAUUCCUAAUUUUGACACUGGUGCAGGUUAUGUUACACUUUGCAUUGUCUCUAGUAAAUGGACUAUAUCACAUAAAUUAUCUAACAAUAGAGUUUGAUUUCUCCUCAUAUUAACAGUAGAACAGUAAAGGGAUAACAAUUCAAUAGGCAUGGUGACAGGACUUUUUUUUUUAUUUCAUGGUAAUUUCCUUAAAAUUCUACAUGUAAUUUUCUGUAUUUCCCAAUGACAGUAAAAAUAUGUUUUUAAAUAAGACAGAAAACCUUCAUUUAAUAUGAGGCCUGUAAGAUAACUGGAAAGUCUGUUAUGAGGAAACACAAUAAUUAUCAAUUUUUGCACUGACUUUGAUAAGCUGUUUACAAAAAUAAAUGGUAUAAAUAAGGA